AUGUUUGAGGCUAAUCUAAAGCAAGUAGUUAGAAGAAAAAGUUGCUAUUGUAGUCAUUGCGGAGUUCCAAAUUUAGCCUAGCAAAGAAUUUUCAGAAAAGAAUUAUUGACUGAGCCAUUAUAUCCAUUCAUCAAAAGUAAAGAAGAAAUUUAGUAUGAAAAGAGAGUAGCUCAACGUAGAUAAAAUUUGAGGGAAAUUAAGAGAAUGAGGCUUGAGCAGUUUAAGACUAAUCUUAGACCAUAACUACUUGGAUCUUCAAAAGAUUUUGAUGCUGAAGCCGCAAUUCUUAAACAAAAACAGUAAAGUCCUGGUGGGGUUGAUGCUAUAGAAGAGCCAGAUAAUAAACCCGUCGAUUAUUUAAAAGUCCAAUCAAGUAUAGAUAAACUUAGAAAAAACUCAUAACUAAUUAGGAAUGCCUCCUCUGUUGUAAGAGCUAUUCAGGAUAGUAUCACUGUGACUAAAAUUAGUAUAAGUUCUUUUCAAAAAAGGUAGUCAUAGAUAAAUGCUGAUGCGAAUCCAAUAUUUGCUACAGAUGAGCAAAGUAAUCAAAGCCAAUCAUAGAUCUUAUAAUUGCCAUAGACAUAAUAGUAAGGCUAGUAGAUGUCCUUUUUAAGGCUUUAACCGACUAGAGUUGUUGAAAAAGCACCACCAUUAAUGUCACCUUUACUAAGAAAGCAUAAGCCAUCCUUAAGGACUAGCAUGAUCAAGAAUAUAGAUCUUCAACAAAUUUCAGAGGAAUAAGAUGAAUGCUAUUUACCAUUAUAUAGAUCUGUAAAGAUAAAAGGAUCAAUGGAAAGAAUUUGUUCUAUUAUUAGAAACCCAAAAACAUUGGAGACAUUAAUCUAAAAAUCUCAGACUAUUAGGAAUUUCAACAUGCUGCAAUAAAAUGAUGAUGAUCUUAUAGCCAAAGUUUUUAAGUAACAAUAGAUAUAAGAAUAGAAGAUUUAGGAAAAAUAGAAGCAAUAUGACAAAGAAUAAAAGCAAAUCUAACUAAAAAAUCUCUUAUAAAAUGGAUUAAAGCAUAGGCUUAGCAGGCAAAUCAGCUAAACUAUUUAAGAUCUUAAUGCAACAGAUUCUGAUAUUUCUGAGAAAUAAGAUGAUUCCGAUACUUCAUCUUCAUCCUCCUCAUCUUCUUCCUCGUCAUCAUCAACUUCUUCAUCUAAAGUGACUACAAUUAAAACUUAGAGUGAUCUAGAGGAAGAAGAGUACAAAUUUUCUGAUAAGAAUGAAGAUAAUGAAGAUGAAGAUCAUUCAUCUUCUCAAGGAUCAUCUCUUCAUACAUCGAUAGGUUCAAAAGAAUUGGAUCCAGUAUUCAUCUAAGAAAUGAUAAGAUAAUAAAAAGAGAAAUUAAAAAAAAGAUAGCAGAUAAAAUAAAAUAGGUAAAGAAUGCUAUAAUACGCUAUGAAAAUAGAUAAACGGCAAUUGAAAAAGAUAGAUAAAAUUCUUAAAUAGGAGAAAAGUAUUAAAAUACUUAACAAAUGCAACAGUGAAAAUGUGUUAUAGAGAGAAACUAAUAAAGCACCAUUGAUAAAACUCAGCAUCAGACCAAUGACCAAGGUUUAAAGUCGAAAUUUUAGCGUUGAGAAUAUAGCAAUGCCAUAGACAAGAAAUUGUGAAACAGCUCAAGAAAAAAUAAGAAAAAUCUAUAUAAAAACACCUAAUGAAAUGACUUAAGCACCCCCAUCUAGAAUUAUGGAAAAAAGGCAUUAAUCUCAAUAAAGAUAGAGAUAGAAAAUAUAAAUAGUUUACAACGAUGAAUUUGAUUUGCAAAAAAUCCACAACCUAAAUAAAAAAGCUAUUGAUAACCUAAGAAAAUCAAUACAUUCCCCAAAUAAUUUGGAAUAAACAACAAGCAAAUCUACAAAGCAUUCAUAUGGAAUUCUCAAUUCUAAAGGUGGUAUUACUCCUAGUAUAAAGCACAGUUUUCUCACAAAAGGUUCUUUCACUAAUGUACUUAGAUCAAAUUAUAAUCACUUGUUCUAAACUUAAACUUUUACAUAGAGUAGAAUUGCUUCAGUUAAUCAAUCUGGCGUUAAUGUGUCUGUGAAAUCUCCUUAAUCUUAAUCCAUCAUCCUAAAUCAAAAUAAUAAGUCAAGGAAUGUUGGAUUUACUAAGAAAAUGAAAACCACUUUUGAUAUAUAUUAAAAGACUUAGGCUGCUCUAUAAAAAGCAACUAAUAAGAAAAAUCUGUGA